AUGACGAUUCCAUAAAUAACGUCAAUUGUACAAAAGAGCAUGUUUAACAGAAAUGAACCCGCGUUAGAGAGCUAUGUGUGCCUGUAAUAAGUGUUUAAGUGCGGUCAAGGUGUUGUCGGCACUGCAGCAUCUUCUCUGCGGCUGCUCUAUGCUGCUGCUGCUGCAGAGUCCCGCAGACAAAGUCAUGGAGGGAGGGAAGUUGUGAGGCCAAGAAGUGGUUUUACAUCCACGCGAAACUGGCAAAUUAGAAACAAUGGCGGAAGCAAAUCCACUCAGAGGACUACCCCGACUCCAGAGGGCUGCGAUGUCCUUCCCUGGACAUUUACACUUAGUUCUGGUACUGAGACCCAAAACUCACCCCCAGACCACUGGAACAGACCUCGGUUUCCGCUUCAGUCAGGAUGACUUUACCCUCAAGAUGCCGAUGGUGAUGCUGAGCUCACUGACAGACCUGCUUCGCUUCAUUGAUGAAAAUCAACUCAGCACUGAGUUUGGUAAUACCCUGGAGCAGAGCCACAGUGACUGGAUAGUUCUGCGAACAGCCAUAGAGAGUUUCGCAGUGACAGUAAAAGACAUUGCUCAGAUGCUACAGCUUUUUGGAACAGAGCUGUCUGAGAUUGAGCUGCCAGAUGAAGCCAGCGGCAUUGAGUACUUACUCAGAUCACACACUGAGAAGUACAGGAAGAUGAAGGAUGACAUCAGGUCAGUGAUGAGGGAGGGCCGUCAGCUGUUCUCAAACCUUGAGGCAUCUAAUGCAGUGGAAGGGGCUGCAGCAGAAGACAGAGACAUCAGCCAAGACAAAGAAAGAGUGAAUAGACUCUUGGCACAGUUGCGCGAUAUGGAGAUGGCAUUCGAUGGCUUUUUUGAGAAGCACCACCUCAAACUUCAACAAUACCUGCAACUGCUCCAGUACGAGCUGAGUUUUCAUGAGAUGGAGACCAUUCUGGAGAAACUCUGCACACAGGAGAAAGCCAUUGCCGCCUUGGGGACAACGGUAGCUCAGACGGACCAGUUACUCACAGAUCUUGAGAUGCUGGAGACCACAGCAGAGGAAGAAAUGAGUCGUGCUCAGAUUAUUAUUCUGCACGGGCACCAGCUGGCAGCCAGUCAUCACUACGCUCUUGCCCUCAUAGUUCAGCGCUGCAAUGAACUGCGGCACCAUUGUGACAUGCUCACAAUAGCCCUGCGUGCAAAACAGGCAGCUCUCACGCGCAUACGAGACCUUCUGCUGCGACUGGAGGAGACCGGGCGCUGGUGUGAUGAGGGGGCCUAUCUGCUCGCAAACCAGUUGCUGGAUAAGUUUCAGUCAAAAGAGGGGGCACAGGCAGCCCUGAUCGACAUUGAGAGGCUGAUGGAGACCGCGCCCUCGGUCGUCCGGUCCAGUCCUGACAUUCUCAGCCUGGAGUUUGAAGCAAUACUCACACCUCAGCUGCAGUCUCAGAUAGAAGCUGUCACAGCUAAGUUAUCAACAGUGCAGGGAAUGAUCCAGAACAGACAGGCCUGUCUAAGGAAACUGGCUGAUAUUCAGGUCAGACCCAUCCAGCUGGUCGCUCCAAGGCCCGAACCCUCACCACGCUGCAAAUCUCCACUCUUCUCUCCUAAACACAGCUUUGAUGUGAACUCCAGUUUGAGGUUUUCUUUUGAUCUCGCACUGCCUGGUAAACGGGCCUCAAGGAAAAAUCCCAGCACAAAAAAGAUAGAAGUGAUGCACGACUAUGAGGAGAAUCGCAGCUGCCUAUCUUACAGCCCAGAGGGGUUUGAGAACCCUGACCAGCACAAAAGGCAUGUAAUGAAGGAGUUGAUCGAGACGGAGAGAAUCUAUGUGGAGGAGCUGCUGUCUGUUUUGCUGGGAUACAGGGCAGAGAUGGAUAAUCCCUCUCUCUCCAACAUACUGCCAUCUGUACUGCAAAACAAGAAAGAGGAGCUGUUUGGAAAUCUGCCGGAGAUCUAUAAAUUUCACAGCAGGAUAUUCCUGCAGGACUUGGAGAACUGCUUAGAAGCUCCAGAGAGAGUAGGAGCACACUUUUUGGCAAGGAAGGAAAAUUUUCAGGUGUAUGAACGCUACUGCCAGAACAAACCACGUUCAGAUGCUCUAUGGAGGCAGUGUUCAGAUUCUGUCUUCAUUCAGGAGUGUAAGAGAAAGCUGGAACAUAAACUAGGGCUGGACUCAUAUUUGUUGAAACCUGUUCAGCGUUUAACCAAAUAUCAGCUUCUUUUGAAGGAACUUUUAAAACACAGUUUAAACUCACUGUAUGCACCGGAGUUGCAGGGGGCGCUAAACGCAAUGCUGGACCUUCUUAAGUCUGUCAAUGACUCCAUGCAUCAAAUUGCCAUCACCGGUUAUGAGGGUGAACUGAGCAACCUGGGCCGUGUCCUGAUGCAGGGCUCUUUCAACGUGUGGAUCAACCACAGGAAAGGGGCUACACGCAUGAAGGACAUGGCCCGCUUUAAACCUAUGCAUAGGCAUCUGUUCCUCCAUGAGAGAGCUCUGCUUUUCUGCAAGAAGAGGGAGGAGAAUGGAGAUGGACCUAAUCGAACAGCAUCUUACAGCUUCAAACACUGUCUCAUGAUGAGUGCGGUCACCAUCACCGAAAAUAUCAAAGGAGAUCUGAAGAAAUUUGAAAUCUGGUUCAAUGGUAAAGAGGAGGUGUAUGUUGUUCAGGCUCCAACAGUCGAAGUGAAAGUUGCCUGGCUUACUGAGAUUAGAAAAAUACUAAACAACCAGCAAAAGAGUGUCAAAGAUGAUGCUCAACAAGGUCAUGAUGGUGAGCACCUGUUAUUCGCACCCUUGGCAGACAGUGUGGGCCAUAUGUCCGUGUGCAUGCCCUGGAGUUCCACACAGAUCACUGGCUGCUCAGGUUGUUUUGAUGUCCUUCCUCACAGCAAGCUCCAGGGGGCGUCGGUAAGCUCGGAAGAAGCCGAUUCGGGCCGCACCAGUCCGGUUCUGACGGACCCGGUCAUCGUUUCUCCGCGUCCACGGCAACAAAACAACCGGCGCAGCUGGCCAGGGACAUCUCACUCAGUGGACAUCUGUGAGGGUUUGGAGGACUGGACCACGGACCUUUCAAACAUCUCAGACUCAGAUGAAGAAGAUGAUGUGUUGCUGGUUCCUGGGAGGUACAGAGCAAUGGUGGACCACUUGAAAUGUGGCAAGGAUGACGUAAUCGUCAAAAGUGGUGAUGUCAUUCAUGUGCUUCAGGAGAAUGCCAUGGGACUUUGGCAGGUUAAGAAUUUGACACGUGGCGGUGAAGGCCAACUCCCUGUUGAUAAACUGCUGAGAAUGCUGGGAGAUGCAGGCAGAAGUCCAUCCAUUAGGUCGGGACGUGAGUUAAUGGUACGGGAAAUAUAAACAACGGGAUGCCGAGCAGCAAAAUAGAACAUGCACAUUAACUCAAAGCUCUCACCAUGUGACAACCCCAAAGGCCAUAAUUGUCAUCCAGGACUGAGCCCAGUCACACCACGUGAUGCACAUUAACAAACAAACUUAAAGUCAGGAAAACAGAACCGCCAAGUCAACUGAGAGUUGCCAUCUGCCAUUGUGAAUCAUGUCAGAUUUUGAAACGAAAAUUGCUUGUUUAGAAAUAGAAUGAACCAAAUACAUUGAUACACACUGACACUUCUCCAUCUGCAGCCAUGAAGUCUGAAAAUAAUAAGACAUUUGUCAAAAACAUUUGAGCACAAAUUUUUGGAUAACACAGAUCUACUUCAUUCUUGGAAAUCACCAUCACCAAACUGUGCCAUAGAAUGUGAUAAAAAACAUGCAUUUUGCGUAGUUAUCAAAA